AUGCCACCUAAAAAAAAAUAAUAACAGGAAGUAGUUGAAUUCACUGAAGCAGAAAAGAAAGCAUUAGAGAAAUUGUAAAUAAUAUAGUCAUGAUAAAUAUAUAGAGAUCAUUCUAAUUUAUUGAUUGAAAUAUAGGUUCUAAAGGAUAGAAUAGAAGAGUUAUAGAAAUAGGUUUAUGAUUUAAAUGAGACAAUAAGGACAAUAAAUGAAUAAAAUGUAAAGUGUCUAAGAGUAUAUUGUAAAGUUAGCUUUAACUCUAAAGAUGGAAUUCGAUAUAAAUAAGAAGGAAAGUGAUUAUAAUGCUCUUUUAUAAUAAUAUGAAGACUUGAAAAAAUAAACAACUGAAGAAAUAGAAUCAAUGAUUUAAAGAAAAGAUGAAAAAAUUAGAUGUAAUUUAAGUUACAUAAUUUUAUUAGAUUUGGAAAAAGAUAAAGCAGAUUUAGAAAUGAGACAUAAAGAUGAAUUAUAAAGAAUUAAUGAAGAAUUAAAAAAAUUAAGUUCAUUUAAGGUAAAUUAAUUUACUAAAAUAAGGAAGAAAAAGAAUAUAUGAUUCGUGAGAUACAUGAUUUAAAAGAAGAGAUGAAUAAAAAGGAUUAUGCACAUUUAGAUGAAUAAAGCAAAGCCAAUAAAAAUUUUUUAAAAUAAACUUAGAACUUAACAAAUGUUAAUAAUGCCAAGAUAGAGGAUGUACAAAGAAAUGCCAAUAAAUUAGCAGAGGAAAAAGUGGCUGCAAAAUAUGAUGGUAUUCUAAAGGAAAAUGAAAAGAUUAAAAGUGAAUUACAAGAAUAUGAAAGAACUUUAUCAAUAUAUUAAAAAGAAAAAGAAACGUUUUAAUAAGAGAAUAUUAAUUAUAAACAAAAUUUAAGUAUUAAAGAGGAAUAAGCAAAAGAGUAAAAAAAAAUUUAAUUUUAAUUUAGAUAUUAAAUGCUUAAUCAUUAAUAAAUUAUAAAGAUAAAGUAAUUGAAAGAAAAGAUAGAAUAUCUUAAGACUUAUAUAGCGAAUGUAUUGUAUUUUCUAAGUUUUAAAGGAAGUGACAAAGUAAACAAAAGAAAUUGAAAUUAUGAAACAUUAAAGUAAUACAAAAGUAUAAGAAUUGGAAAUGUAAUUGCGAAAUUUAAGACAUUUACUUGAUCAAAGAACAAAGGAGUUAAAAACUGUUAAAGCAUUGGCUUAAAUGAUUUUAGAUUAAAGAUCUGAUAUUGAGUAAUUUUUCCUUUAAGCGAUUGAUUAAGUGAAAAAUGAAAUCAAUAAGAAAAAUAAGAAUUAGAAAAAUAGUCGUUUACCAGAAAUAUCAUAAAAAUCUUAAAGUCUCGAAUCGAAUAAGGUUGAUAUAAAUGAUUUGGAUUUAGAAGAAAAAGAAAAGUUAUUGAGAAUUCUGUUUUCAAAAAUGAAUUAAGGUGUGCCACCUACAAAUUGGAAAUCAUAACUUGGUCAUGUAAAUAAUUUAUUAUUUUAUUUAUAGAGUAAAUCAUAAGUUGAUGGUAGUUCUUUUAGAGAUAAUUAAUUUUAAUGAAGAAAAAAG